AAAUCUUGACAUCUAAAGUUGAUAAUCUAACUUGCUGUUAAUGUAGUGAUUACAGUCACCAAUUAUAGAUUUACCCCUAUUUUUAAGCUCCAAUCUUAAGUUUUUAUAUGUAAUGUAGGAUUUACAGUUACCAAAUGUCACACCGCCUUGUACAACCCAUAGUGUUUUUGAGCCAUGUGAAGUGCAACAAAAACUCUGCAAUAUUAAUUAUUUUAUGCAUAUUACGCUUGAACGUCCUUGAUGGCUAUGAUGUGCCCACCCUAUUUUUUCGACUAGAAAGUCUCUGUAAUUGAAUUCAAAUGGAUCAUUUGCAUGCAAUUAAUAUUCUGUGUCCAUGGUUACUCAUACUGAAAUUCUCAACACUGUUUAUCUUCUUUGUGGCAUUCAGUCUGCCUUUCAAUAAAACACGACUAAUGAGUUCCAUAUUAAAAAUUCCAUAAUUCUGAAUUCUGCAAAUUAAGAUAUUUGCAUAAUAUCAGUGCUCUGACAGCUUGUAAAGAUGAGAGAGAGCUAUUUUCCGCUUGUUUUUAACAAUGUUUUUCAGACUGAAGUUUGGCACCAUUACUUUGAAGUGAGUACUACAGACAAAGUAAAGCAGUGUGGGAUUUGUUAACCUUCGGCGUGUUAUCUAAUUUAGACCGUACAAAUCAAACACAGCAUUGGAAUGAUGCGUUAUCGGAGUAGUUGCAGGUACACCAUUUCAUACUUUCAGCACUUACAUUUGCUUAAUAAAGUAUAUGAAUUAACAUUCACUAAGUCUUCUGGCAAAGUAAUUUACAAAAGUGAAUUAAGUUCUUAAAAGAACUGCUAAUGAGAGCUGAAGCUAAUCUGGGUAUGCUAAUCAUAGUGCCCCAUGAUAGAAUUAAGGCUGCAGAAUUGGUGGGAUUUGAUCAGUCAAGUGUGUUAAAGUUAUAAGGGGAAUGUGAUGAUGAUGAAGAAGGAUCUUAAGGCAGGCUCUCUGUCUUGGAGCACGACAGUUGGGGGAAAAAGGAAAUCAAUGUAAAUUAUAAUUAAGCUAUAUGUAGUAUAUUUUUUUUUAUAUAUAAAAAUAAUUAAAAUGCCUCACUUUUAAUUUUGUGAGUCCAUGUGCCAUGUAUCGAUUCUAAACGCAGCUCACUGCUGGUAAUUGGACCUGUGUGGGUUCCAGUGAGCUAUUGUGCUGAUGUGUAGAGGUUAUUUCUUUCCCCUUCUUUUCCCCUCCAAAAGCCAUCCAAUUAAUAUGCUAAUGAGAUGAUAAAUAUUUAUGAAAAAUGUAAAUUAUGCAGAAAGCUUUCAGAGUGCUGUGUGGAAUGAAUUGCUUGCAGGACUUCAAAGUGUUGCUGUGCUAACGAGGCAGGGGCGAAUUUGCAUACGACUUUAAUCAGCUGAAUACUGAUUACGCUUCAUUAUGGGCACUGCCAGCUGCACUCUUUGUUUCUGCUCUAUAUUCUGGGGGAAAAAAAAACUUUUUUCACAGUCUGGUUGUGACGAUCAUGGCAGUAAGUGAGAGAGGGAGUGAGGAGGGAUAAGUGAGAGAAAGAGAUCAGGAGAGGAAGUGCAGUCUUCUCUUUAGGCUUAGCUGAACUCGACUGUGCAUUAUACAGCUGUAGUCUGUAAUUGUCUGUUGGUAUUCUUUUUGGUGGUUUUACUGGUGUAUAAGUAUCUCAGGAAGAGAAGUCUGUGCUGUUCUGGGUUGUAUUCUGCUUUCGUGGGACGUGUGAGACAGUUGUGGAUGCUUACAGAGACCAUGCUUGAGAGAACAGGUGCAGCUGUUUCUGAUUCUAGAAUGAGUAAUCCGUCAGAAACAAAUAAAUGUGCAAUGGAGAGUGGGGACGGAAACACAGGUGCCCAAACAAACGGACUGGACUUUCAGAGGCAGACGGUGCAAACAACAAAUGCAAUCACCAAUGCACAAGCACAAGCCUUGCUUCAACAGUUGACUCUGACUCCAGCUCAACAGCAGUUGUUGCUGCAGCAGGCUCAGGCGCAGCUUUUAGCCGCAGCUGUGCAGCAGCACUCGGCCAGCCAGCAGAGCAGCACCACAGGAGCGAGUAUCUCUGCCUCCGCUGCUACUCCGAUCACACAGAUCCCACUUUCUCAGCCCAUUCAGAUCACACCUUUGCAGCAGCUGCACCAGCAGCAGAACCUCAACUUGCAGCAGUUUGUGCUUGUCCAGCCAGGCCAUCCAAUUGCCGCCCAGUUGCAGCCAGCGCAGUUUAUCAUCUCACAGACACCACAGGGCCAGCAAAGCCUCUUGCAAGCCCAGAAUCUUCUUACUCAACUACCUCAAAGUCAAGCCAACCUCCUGCAGAGUCAGCCAAGCAUCACUCUUACCACACAGCCAGCAACACCGACCCGAACGAUAGCAGCUACCCCCAUCCAGACCCUCUCUCACAACCAGACGACACCAAAGCGAUUGGAAACACCCAGUCUGGAGGAACCCAGUGACCUGGAGGAACUUGAGCAGUUUGCCAAAACCUUCAAACAAAGGAGGAUCAAACUAGGCUUCACUCAGGGGGAUGUCGGCCUUGCUAUGGGAAAGCUUUAUGGAAAUGACUUCAGCCAAACUACCAUUUCACGUUUUGAGGCCUUGAACCUAAGCUUUAAAAACAUGUGCAAGCUGAAGCCUCUGUUGGAGAAGUGGCUAAAUGAUGCAGUGUGUGCAGAGAACCAGACGUCGGACCAAGGCCUGUCCAGCCCCAGUUCUAUUGGCUCCCCUGGGCUGGGCAUGGAGGGUCUCAACCGCCGUCGCAAGAAGAGAACCAGCAUCGAGACCAACAUCAGAGUGGCCUUAGAAAAGAGCUUUCUAGAGCAGAACCAAAAACCUACCUCUGAGGAGAUCACCAUGAUCGCUGAUCAGCUGAACAUGGAGAAGGAGGUGAUCCGUGUGUGGUUCUGCAACCGUCGGCAGAAAGAGAAGAGGAUCAACCCACCCAGCAGUGGCAGUGCUGCCAGCACCCCUAUUAAAGCAAUCUUUUCCCCAUCCACACCCCUGGUGACUAGCACAGCCAGUCUUGUGACUAGUAGCACCUCGACCCCACUGACUGUAAAUCCUGUUCUGCCUCUCACCAGCACAAGCAUUUCCAGCAUUGGACUCGCUGGCACGACUGUGGGCUCGGCAACUACUAAAACCGCAUCCGCUAUCUACACCAUGCCCGCGAUGACCACGGCAACCUCUUCGCCCUCGCUUAGCCCCUCCCCCAGUGUGCCACAGGCCAUGUCGGCUGAGUCGGUGGUGACUCAGGAGUCAGCAAGCACCAUUACCCAGGCACCCACUACGCUGGUGAACACACUGGGCACGGGCCAGGUAAUGGUGGCUGCGUCAAGCCUGUCUGCUGCACUACAGGGACCUGCACAGCUGCCUACCAGCGCCAGCCUUGCCGCCAUGGCUGCAGCCGCCGGCCUCAACCCAGGCCUCAUGGCCUCUUCACAGUUCACUCCUGGUGGGGCUCUGCUGAGUCUGGGUCCUGGUGGUCUGGGCAGUGCAUUGAGUCCAGCACUGAUGAGCAACAGUACUCUAGCCACUAUCCAAGGUGUGUGGAAUGCUCUGGCUUCAAGCGGUACUCUACCCAUCACCUCUCUGGAUGGCAGUGGGAACUUGCUUUUUGCCAACGCUGGCAGCACGCCGAACCUGGUGACAGCACCACUCUUCCUCAACCCGCAGAACCUGUCACUGCUCACCAGCAACCCGGUGAGCCUGGUCUCGGCCGGAGGAGCUGCAGGGGCUGGCGGAGCCCUUAAUCUGCAUGUCGCUGCAGACCACAAUGCCGUCACCACGGCAACAGUGCCCGCCUCCACCAUCAGCACCGCCUCCAAGGCCCAGUGAAAGCCCCACCCAUCUUGGUCCUCCUCUUUUCUUCUUCCUUCUCUUUUCCUUUUCAUCAAUCAUUAUUUAAUCCCUCUGCUACCACCAAAAAGAAACUUACUAAAAUGAAGUUUUCUACUAUGUUAAUAUUUUUGUUUUAUUUUUCAUACCUUCAUUUCUUUUCUUUUAAACAUUGUUUUUUGACCUUGUUGCCUGCUUUGAUUUUUCAGCAACAAACUCCAUGAAUGUUGGCGUUACAAGAGAGUCAAGCGUUAAGAUGGCCAAAAAUGAACUGUGUUUGGGCUGUGCGCUUGCUCAAUUGGUAAUGCAAAGACAGCUUUAACUGAGUGAUUUUAACUCACUCUACGUUUUCAUGUAUACGUUCUUAUUUGAUCCUAAAACACUCCUAACCAAAACACAUACCUAUGUUUAUAUUUUAACUGUUGACUUACUCCUUAUUAAUAGCAUAUUAGCCUUUACUGUGAUUGUUGUUACUGAGGAACUUUUACAACACCUUUUGAUUUCAACUGUUUUUGCCAGAGGUGCUGCCUUGCAGGCCUUCGGAACCUUCAUAUCCACUUUCUUUUUUUA